CGAGACUCCAUUCUCCAGCUAAACAACCCCCCGCGUAGCCGGCGCCCACGACGUUCUAUCACUCUCUCCCUCUCACUCUAUACUUAUAUAUCUCGGGCUCGUCGCCGUCACGACUUCGCGAGUGUAUACGGCCCUGCCCUCUUCCAAGGAUCCCCGGCCGCGCGCGCGAGUGCGAGCGAGAGGUCCACGACAUAUACAGCGUUGCACGGUCAACGGGAGCAAGAGAGAAAGAGCCGCUCGCCUGGGAAUAGAGCUGGACUGCAGUCUCCCCCUCGACGAGAGUUAAAAAGACAACACGCGUACAGCGACUUCCCGGAGGUCUCGGGCAGCAGGGAGCCUCGAUUCCAGAUCCCAGAGCCUCGCAGCUCUCUGCAUGCAUGCGUGUGAAUCGCGGCUGCACAAUGUGUGCUGCGGUGUUAAGUAGAUAGAGAACGAAUGCGAGAGCCAGUAGCCCAGUACUCACCAUGUUGCCCGGCGCCGCAGCCCUCGGCAGUACCAGCCCUGGCAUAACUCCCGUAUUGUCCUUCGCAGCCGGAGAAUCGAAGAUCCUGUAUGCGUGUGUAGGAGACUGACACGACACACGCGCGUAUACGUAUAUAGGAGAGAGAGAGAGAGAGAGCUGGGCCGCGUCUUCCCAGCCGGGUCUCUUCGAGCCACUGUCGCCUCGCGGCUAUAUUGUACUUCUCACGGUUCCCGAGGUCACAGCUGCUACACCACGGAGACGAGGCUCGCCGCACACCGGAGCCCUGAUCACUUAGAGAACACUCGCAGAGAGCUAGAGAGCAGAUCGCGGUUGAAACACCGUGUGGCGCCAUGUGUCUCCCGCCGUCCAGCACUACACUGUGGUUUUCACUGCGAUAAUACACAAACGAUGUGCGUCAACGAAUAAAACAAAUAUUUUCAAGUUAAAAAACAAUAACUUUGUGAGCAAAAUUAGAAUCGCUUGAACGACUCACCAUGGCAGAUGACGCUGAGCAGGCGCCGGCAAUCAAUGUCAAGGAGCCACUGGAUUUGAUCAGACUAAGUUUGGACGAAAGGAUUUACGUGAAGAUGAGGAAUGAGCGGGAACUUCGUGGCCGCCUUCAUGCCUAUGAUCAGCACUUGAACAUGGUCCUGGGGGAAGUCGAGGAGACUGUGACCACCAUUGAGAUCGAUGAGGAGACCUACGAAGAAGUGUAUCGUACCACCAAGAGAACCAUUCCCAUGCUGUUUGUCAGAGGUGACGGAGUGAUACUUGUCUCACCUCCAAGCAUGAGGGCAGCGAUAUAGUGGUUACAUAUAAUGUACUGUAUGUACAAUUUUCAUCUAAUUUCCUUUUUAGAAACGCUAUGUUUACUCGAGAUAAGAAUUAAAUAUAAGAGAAUAAUUUACUAAGCA